AAACACAAACGCUGUGGGAUCCACUUGGUGGGUAGUUGCUGUCUGAAUGCUAGGCCAAAUUCCCCCUCACAUUUACACCGCUUGUGACUGGCCACCUACUCAGUAGUACCAAGAACAUCACCUAAAUAAUUCUCUCCACUCCACCAGCUCCCUCUCAAGCGUAACAGUGCUUGUGAACUAAACUACACAGAAAAUGAACGAAGAUGAUGCACCGACAGUCAUAACAAUACCUUCAACAGUCACCUCCACCUCCACCCCAACCACCACCACCACCACAACAGUAGUAAAGAGAGAAAGCUCAGAAUCUAGUCUACUAUGUAAGACUCGUUACAAAUUCUGGGUCUUAUCUGCAAUCCUCCUCCUUGCUUUCUGGUCCAUGUUCACUGGCUCUAUUACUCUCAAAUGGUCCACUGGUGACCUCUCACAACACCCUGACAACCUCGGCUUCCAAACUCAAGAUGAUGUCGACAUUCUCGAAGUGGAGGAGAAGAAGAAACUGGUGUGGCGCAUGUGGGACGUGUACACGCAUAGCAGUAGGGGUACAAGAUUGCCUCGAUUUUGGGAACGGGCUUUUCAAGCUGCUUAUGAGGCUUUAGCAAGUGAUGUGACUGCUGUUCGAGAUGCUGCUGUUUAUGAGAUUGCCAAGCUUUCUAUUAGCUCCACCAUCAAUCUUGAUGACCCUUUUCCUGUUCAAUCUACAACGGUCUAUCCACAGUUACUGAUUGUUGAUGACUUUGAGCUUGUCCCCUAUUUGGGCAGUUUCGACGAUAAUGCCCCUUUUCCCCACAUAAGUGACACCCUUCAAUAACAUAUUUGCACUCCUUCCAGCGAUGCCCCUCCUGUCUACAAACAAAACAACGCCAUGGUGUCACCCUACAAUCUCCUGGGUGGAAUCGAUUACACACUUCACAGUGGGGAUGGUUUGAAGUUUCUUGUCUCAUAAUUCCUGCUGAACUUCCCCCUCUAACUUGCCCCUGUAGGGCUCCACCGCUAGAUUGUCCACUCCUUUCAACUUGGAAGAACUUGCCAGUAUUUCCUCUAAAAAACUGAUUUCUGGAUAAUCCUUCCCCACUUCGUUUUGAAAGAGGUGACCUAGAAAACUAAGUAGCAGUCUCUUUCCUUUUCCCAGCUGUUAUUUGCCCCUGCCUAGUUAUGUCAUGUUGGUCUACUUUCAACACUGCCUCUAGAGCUUGAGUAGCCUCUACCAAUUCUCUCAGAGUCUUUGGUUGAUAAGUGAUCAACCCCUUCUUUAAUUCCUGGGUCAAUCCCUCUUUAAAUCUCCCAAUUCUGUGAUGCUCUAUAGGAAUCAACACAGAGGAAAAUGUAGAAAUGCUUUGGAACCGUCUUUUAUACUCCAUAACUGUCAUGUCUAGUUGUUUCAAAUUCAAAAACUCUUGCUCUUUAUUCCAUUGAAAUUGUGCUGAGUAGUAUCGAAUCUCGAACUCAUGUUUAAAAUCAACCCAGGAAAGCACCUCUCCUGUUCUCCUUUCCUUUACUGUAGCCCACCAAGUUUGGGCCUCAUCAGAUAGUAGUUACAAUUUACUUGCAUAUCUUUAGGCACUGGUAUCUGAAAAAGGGACUCGUCCACUUUCCGGAGCCAUCGUCCUAAGAUUUCUGCUUCCUCCUCUCCAAGGUAUGGUGUAUAUCCCAUUUCUCUCAUACUUUUUACCCAAUAAACCAAAGUCUUAACUCUUUCCGUGUUCACUCCUCCAAUAACCCUUACCAUACUAGCCACCACAACCCUCACUAUCUGUUCUAUAGAAGCAGGAUCCACAGAUUGCAUAGGUGCCCCCAAUGGCACUAUAGGUUGAGGUGGAUAAACCUGCUCAACCGGUUCUGGUCUAUGCACUCUUGGCACUCUUGGUGCUGAGGAUGCCGCUGAAGUACUAUGUGAUCCCACAAACUCUCUAUGCCUUACCUGCUCCCCAAGAUUAUGAGAUGCAGUAUCCCCUAGGGGGUCGUUCCUUUGAGCCUCAUUAUCAUUUUGUCCCCUCUUGGGAAUAAGGUCAACCUGAUCUUCAGCUCUAGCUUCAGCUCGAGUACGUGCCAUUCUAUAUGAAAGAUUCAAGUUCUAUAUUAGUAACUCUUGCUUUCUCUUCACAUUCACAUCAAAAUACAACUUGGCUCUGAUACCAAUUGUAACACUCUAUUUUAUACAUGUCAAAUUCGUUGAAAAAUUAGGAUUUUUUUCCCAUAUACUUAUAUAUAUAUAUAUUAUCAUUAUUAUUAUUAUUAUUAUUAUUAUUAUUUGGCUACCAAAAAUUCGGCAGAGUCUCCUCUGUAAAUUGACCUUCCCAAGUGUCAACAUCAACUUAAAACACAAUUUAUCCUGCAUAUUUAUGAUCCAACCAUUAUAGACUUAUUCAACAGAAAUCUGAUUUCUCAUCACAUUAUCCACUUUAACUUGUAUCUUCACCAUUUUGCAUUCUACCAGUAGUGUCAUAUAUCUUUUCUCUUCACACAUAAUAUCAUCAAAACAAGCAUAUUAUAAAGUUAUCUAUAUGCAUACUGAAAAUUCUUUAAUGCCUACACAAAAGAGAUUUAAUUAACUAACAAGUGGUAUAUAACUUAACACUAAUUACAAGCCCAAAAGACAACUUUAAAUCCUAGUGAACUAGAAAAUUACAUAAUCCACAUAUCCAAAAUAUACCUAGUAAGUAACUAUCCACAAAAGAAGAAAAUCAAGGUUGUCCUGCAGUAUGAGAAGGACCUGCAACAAAUACAACAUAAUUUAUUUAGUAAUACUAAUUUCAUUUAUUUACACACACACACACACAUAUAUAUACUUUACACUUUUUUUUCCUUUUAACACCAUAAUUUCUAAUACAUUUUUUGUAGACAUAUUCUUCAACUUUAAUUACUUGAGAAGACUUCUCCAUUACCAAGCUCCAUAGUUUGCUUGUAAAGCUUACUCUUUUUUUUUUUUACCACCUUGGUCCCCAUCUUAAUGGAAGUCCAAGUAAUAACAUAAUUAAUCUAGGUCUUCCUCAAUUCUUGAUCAAAUUCAUUACCAUCUUAGCCAUUUUACACAUGAAUGACUAAGUUUUAUAACCACACCUUAGUUUCCGUUUUUACGGAUGACUAAGUCAUUUUUCCAAAUCACCUUAGCCAUGCCUUUGCAAAUGGCUAAGUCAAAUACUAUUCACCUUAGCUUUCCACCACUUUGAAAAACUAAGUCAAAAUUAAUAUUAAUAUCUUUCUGACCAUUUAGACAACUAAGUCAUAUACAUUAUCUUUUAUAUUAAUUAAUUUUAUUGAUCGAAUAAUUCUCUUCAUUCUUAACCAUGUGCUCUCAUCAUUCUCUUACAACCAUGACACAGUUCAGUUCUAAUCAUUAUCAAAUGUAAAUAACAAAGACAACCCAAUCAUAUAUAAGAAAAACCAAAGAACAAAUACAAUAAUUUUUACAUAGUUAAAGAGCAAAACACCUACCUACAGCUCCAGGUGUUCGAGCUCGCUCCACUAUGGUUCCAGCCACGAAUGCUCCUCCUAUAAAUAUAAGGAAGGUAUGCUUGUUACAAUAUUCAUAUCCAGAAUUGUAACACGUAUAUAAUUUCAUUGUCACGUUACAUAUUUCAACACUAUAUAUACAAUUAGAAUUAAGGGGUAAAAUCAGGGCUGUAAUUCUAUAGUUGGAUACCCUCUUGCAUAAUUAUUCUGUUUGCACAAACACAGGUUUGCCCACUAUUACGGAACUUUGUUGCAAGCUGCAAUGAUAUGAAAUGAUUUGAUAAGAUUACCACCACCAUGACAGUACCUCCCAAUAAUGAAUGCAAAAUAAAAACACAAUUUCAAAAUCCUGAAUCAAAGCCCCUGCAGUAAUAUGCUGUCCUGAAAUCAGUAAAUCAAAUAGCUUCAUCAAUGUAAUUCACACAAUUAAUUAUACAAGCUUUAUUACAUUCCAUGCUCCUCUUUUAUUUCAAAUGUAACCAGCAUUGUUGUUUUUUUUUCUUCCAUCCUUCAUUAUUUUGCAUCAUUAUCAACCCAUCCUAACACAAUGUAUCAAUUUCAACAAUUUCACAUUUUUCCGUAAAUUCUCUCCUAAGAAUCCUAAUUCAAGAAAUCUAAGAACAAUGCAUUAAUCUAUUUCUUUUCACCCAAACUUGUUUAAACAACUUAGAACUCAUUACCCAACACUAAAAUGAACUUCGAAAGCUAACCUGGUGAUGUUUUUCCUCCCCUUCAAUUUUUCUUCUUUGCCAUGACUUACGACCCCUUUCUCACCCUUCUCCCUCACUUAGUUUUCUUCUUAAAUCCUCACUUGAGGAAGUGAUUUGGUGAUUUACACUUUUUAAAUCCUUGAUUCUACACAAUUUCUACUCUCUCUCAAGGUAAUUUUUUUUUCAUGCGUUUUUCCCUCCUUUUCUCUCCCUCUGUUUCAUCCCUCUGUUACCUCUAUUUUCAUCCCUCUGUUACCUUUGUUUUUGGCGUCAAAAUAAGGGAGAAUAAAUUGCUGGACUUUGCCAGCUCAUCAGAUCUCCACCGUUCAGAAUCUAUACGGAAUCAGGAAGAAUAACAUAUCCAAAUUAUAGCGUAAUCCAACGGUGGCUGAAGGAGAAAACAGACAGCAAAGAAGACUGUCCAGAUGUGUAUUUUCCCUGAUAUUUUCCUCCCUUGAUAUCGCUCAAACGAGGAUUGAUAUAGAAAAUCCCUCCGGUGAAAAUGUACAUGACACCGAUGGGAACAACAUAUCCGAAUAUUGUUCUGAUCCAAUGGUGGAAGGGGGAGUUAUAGCUGUCGGAUGUUCUGCCAUCAAUAUGUUUUCUCUCCGGUCUCUCUCUAAACUCUCUUUUACUCUUGGCCCCCCCUCCAACAGAGAAAAUAGAAUGAUAUUUAUAGUUCUAACAUCUUGUUAAUUGUACAUUUAUCCACACCCUUUUUUAUCAUUUGUAUAUAAACUCCCAACCUUUUGUUAUUUGAAUAUUGACCUCUCUUAAUCUUACGUAUUCAUUUUGUCCUUACAAA